AUGACGAAACUCACAGAUGAUGAACUUAAGCGCAUACUUUCUCCCUGGGGAUGUGAUGGAUUUAGAAAUAGAGUAAAUGCGAUCUUACUUGCUAAAGGUUAUCCCUUGCCAAGUUUUGCUGAUGAUGGCAUGUACUUGAAAUGGGAUUUUGAAGAGGGAUUUGGCAAAGAUAUUUUGAGUGAACCCACUAGUAGAGUUGCUUCAAAGAUGUCUCGAAGUGUUGUGGCACUUGCCUCAUUCGUUGUAGAUAAACCUGAGGAUUCGGGGGAACACAGAAAGGAGAAAAAAAUUGCAAGAAAGUUUGCUUGCACAGGUGUAUUUAUAGAAUGCUCUGGAUCCACUACAAGAAUUCUGACUUCAGCAAGUUUGGUUAGGUCUGGUGAUGGAAAGAACAUUCAUCGUGAAUGGAAGAUUGAAGUGUGCCUACCAAGUAAACGACGCGUGGAUGGGACAUUGCAACAUUAUGAUUUAAAGUAUAAUGUGGCUGUUGUUAGCAUCAAGGGUGUCUGCAGUUAUCGUGCAGCAAAACUCGAUGAAACCUCGCAAACUGAGGUUGGAGCUCAGGUAGUAGCUCUAGGGCGUGGCUUUGAAUCAGGUAAGUUAAUGGCCACAGAGGGGGCUGUGACUGCUAAACGUAGUAGAUCUUAUUGCGAAGAGCUUCAGAUAUCUACUUGUAAAAUCACCAAGGCUGGAAUUGGAGGGCCCCUUGUUGAUUCUGAUGGGAACUUUGUUGGCAUGAACUUUUAUGACAUGGAUCAAACUCCUUUCCUAUCAAGGGUUAGAAUCCUGGAACUUAUGAUGUGUUUUAAGGCACAACGGACUGUUUCUGUUGCUGCACAGACUCCAGACAAGUCUGAAAUUCCUAGCUGGCCCGUGCCUGACCCAGAAUGGUUUUAUCCGAGUCGUUACCCCAAACCUCGUUACGUUGAAUAUGAGAAGUUCGAGUAA